UUCACUCACGGAAGACAAAGGAUGCUGCUUACUGUGAUGGAGCUAAAAUAGAACCUGAGUAAAACCAGUGUUAGUGUUAGCGUUAUUAAAUUUUAAGUCAUAGUUGUCAGUAACGUAGACAUUGUAAUUUUAAGAAAAGCUUGAUUUUGCUUUCUGUGGCUAAAAGAAAAAGCCCUUAGGUUAUAACAACCUUAAAGUCAGAAUGAUAUGACGACGAGAUCGUUGCACCAAAAGGCUGCAGUUCCUACCUCUCCUGUCUUCUGACGGCAGCCUGCUUUAGCCAUGAAGGCACCCAGUUCCAAGGGUUGUUUGGGUCCGAAUGUUUAUUCAGAGGUCCCUGAUGGCGGCUGGGGCUGGGCUGUGGCUGUUGCUUUCUUCGUGGUGGAAAUCUGUACCUAUGGGACCCUCAAGAGCAAGGGUGUCUUCCUUCAGGAUCUUAUGGAAGAGUUUGGGGAGAGCAACAGCCGAGUGUCAUGGGUCAUAUCCAUCUGUGUCUUCAUCUUUACAUUCACCGCCCCCUUGUCCACCUUUCUCAGCAACCGUUUUGGCUAUCGUCCAGUGGUGAUGGUAGGAGGCUUCCUCAUCAGUCUGGGAACCAUCACCUCAGCCUUUACCAACUCCAUCAACGAGAUGUACAUCACCAUAGGCAUAGUUACAGGCCUUGGUUACUGCCUCACCUUCCUGCCAACUGUCACCAUCCUAGCUCAGUACUUCUCCAGACGGCGAUCACUUGUCACCUCCAUUGCUUCUUCCGGGGAAUCAUUUGCUAUAUUUGCAUUUGCUCCAGCCCUCACUGCACUUAAAGAACACAUAGGCUGGCGAUACUGUCUGGUUGUCCUUGGCAUCAUUCAAGCUUCUGUGAUUGGCUGUGGUGUCCUCCUCCGUCCAAUCAUCAUUGAGCCCCAACCUGUGGAGGACAAUGAAUCAGAAAAUGAGUCCCUCUCUUUAAAGCAGCUUCAGAGUGUUUAUGAGCUGGAGAAUGAACAAACCAGAACAUCCAUCAGUUCAGGGGUCUCCAGGGGCUCGGAGGACUCAGGUGUCACUUCCCUCUCCGGGUCAAAUGUAGACCUGGGGGCUGCAGGAGCAGAGGGCAAGGCUAUGAUGGAGUGGGCGAUGCAAGAAAAAGAGCCAUCGCUAUCUGCAGCUUCAACCCCCAUCACAGAGAAGAAUAAAGAUGAACUUGUGGAGGUAGAGGCAGGUCCUCUUCAGCCCUCAAGUCCCAAACUCCUGGACUUCUCUGUGCUCAAAGACUGUGCCUUCAUCUGGUACUCCCUCUUUGGCUUGUUUGCCACACUGGGCUUCUUUGCUCCACAGCUCUACAUCAUCGAGCUCAGCAAAAGCAAAGGAGUGGACCCUGGUAUGGCCUCCUACAUGCUCUCUGUAAUGGCUGUAGCAGAGAUCUUUGGUCGCUUGUCCAUUGGGGUGGUGUUGAAUAAAGUCAGCUGCAAGAAAACCCUAGUGCUGCUGGGAUGUGUUGUUCUGCUGUGCCUGGUGCUGGUGGCCUUCACUCAAGUGUGGGAGUUCUGGGGACUGGCGGUCUGCUGCGCGCUUUACGGCUACUUUAUGGGCACUGUCAGCUCCACUCACAUCCCCAUGCUGGCUGAGGAUGAUGUGGUGGGAAUCCAAAGGAUGGCGUCAUCUGUUGGGGUGUAUGUCUGUAUCCAGAGCUUUGCUGGGCUGGCAGGGCCACCAUUAGGAGGUGUGUUGGUGGAUGUCACACAGAACUAUAGUGCUGCCUUCUACUCCUGUGCAGUGGGAAUGGGCCUUGGUGCUGUCUGCCUGGCUAUGGUUGGACCAGCCAAAUCUGGCUUUUGUUUAAGACAGAGCACAAACAAAGAGUUGGGAAGGCAAAAAGAGGACGAUGAGAGAAUAAAUCAGGACAGUGACCAACCAGACUUUUUGGAGGUGGACUUGGCCGUGGAGGACAGUCCCGUGAGACAAGCUGUGGAUCAAGACAAGGCGUGUGUAAUAUAAAUAUGACAAUAGCAUGGUGUCACUUCAUUAUUAAUGCUUGCACUGGAAGAGGCUGCAGUGUCACAAGAACUAAACAACAUGCUGUCAGUUCCAAACCUCAGGGUUCAUCAUCUAACUUUCUGACAAGCUUGAAUCACAAUCCUUCCUAGGAAGGAAGCACUUCUUCCUCUGACACCAAAGGCACAUCCAUGCUGAGCACAUGGUGUCACAUCUUAAUUUUACACAGAUUUAUUUCUGUUUCAGCUGCUACAGGAAAACCAAAAUGAAAAGAAGACAAUCUCCCUUUAUGAUUUUUUUUUUUAAUAGAGAAUAGUUUUUCCACCGUUAAAGCCUAACCUGAAAAUGUUGACAUGCAGUUUCUCCACAGAGUUGGUCUGUGUUGGUCAUACGCACAUUUUUGUUCACUGAUAUUUUAUUUCUAGCACAGCAGUGACUAAAGCAAUACACCACUUUUGAGGUUGAUGUAUUUAUUCUGCAUGAGCCUCAUCUUUGGGUGAAAGCAUUAACUUGUUAUCUAUUAUCAUGUUUUCAUGAUAAAAACUAGUAAGCAAUCACAAUUCAAUGUAAGAACUUGAUUUACUGUGAUCCCUUUCUCAAGCCGUGGCUCAUUUCAACACAAAUACCUCGGACUGGAUCAAAGACAUAUUCAUAGCCACCAUUACAUCACCCAUCGGUUUGUGGACUACUGUGUCAAUGCCAGUUUUUGGAAAUUUUGCCUGCUCCAUCUUGGUUUCUGGGAACAUAGAUGCUAAUAUUUGAGCUAUAAAUGUAUACUUGUCUCUAGGCCUCUAUUCUGGUUUAAAGAUAAUUUUGAUAGCCACCUGAAAACCACAAGUAGCCAAACCCUGAAGAAUACCAUGCUUUAUUGCCGAAUUUGUCAGAAAUGGGAUCAUGAUUGACAAAAAUCAAAAUUACAUUAUUUAAGGAGACUUCAAAAUGGUGAUGGAGACUUAAACUCAUGAGGGAAAUGUUCCUUGACAUCGAAAGGUCUAGUCUUCUGCACUGAUUCCUUCCUGUAAUCUGUGGAGUGGUCCGUGGUGGCAAUAAAGUGGAAUUUCCACCACAUUAGUUGUUCAUUUGAAAGUACAGUGGCCAUAUUUAGUCCUAAUCUUCAUGCUAUUACCAUGGUGCACGUGUAAAAGUACUGAACUAUAGUGGCCAUAUACAGUAUGUAAAUGUACAAAGGCCAGAUUUCACCUCACAGACAUUCCACAGAAGGCUGUUCCUCCCAGGAUCUCCCUGAAGCCUGAAACCUGAUGAUUUUUCUGCUAUUCACCACAAUAUGACUUGUGUAGUUCUCAAAACCUCUUUUUAACACCUUAAUCUAAAAUGUUUUUUUUAACUAUAGUUAUUAUUUCUGAAGAUAAAUCAAUAUUCAUUUUUUUAAUAUUAUGUCAUACAUUUUUAAAUCCAACAGAAUGACUAUCAGGCUGUCUGGUAAGUCCUUUUCUGCUUUGAUUUGUAACUUUCUAAA